GUGUUGUUGCUUGGGAUGGAAACGAAAGCAGACCGUUAUCUGCGCUGCCCCGGUGACCGCGUUUAUUAAAGGCAAAAGCAAAACGAUGGCCACAGUGCAGUCAACGCUAAUGUUCGCUGCGUGCAUCGUAAUGAUAACAGAACUGAUACUAGCCAAGAAGGACUACUAUGAUAUUCUGGGUGUACCUAAAGAUGCCAGUGAACGUCAGAUCAAGAAGGCUUUCCACAAGCUCGCCAUGAAAUAUCAUCCCGACAAGAAUAAGAACCCUGAUUCAGAGGCGAAGUUCCGGGAAAUAGCAGAGGCAUACGAAACACUAUCGGAGGAGAAAAAGAGGAGAGAGUACGAUCGCCUCAGACAGAGCGCUUUCUCCAGCGAAGACAUGAACAGAGGAAACCAGAACUUUCACCAGUCCUUCGAUUUUAACUUCGAGGACAUGUUCAGAGACUUCGAUAUCUACAGCCAAAACAGGCAUGCACGCCCCAAACGGAACUUCGAGGAGCCUUUCCGAGCUCACCAGCACAGCCACAACCGGCACAAGAGGCACUUCCAGGGAGCUUACGGGGGCGGGCUUUUUGAGGAUCUGUCUGACGACUUGGAGAGAAUGUUUACAUUUGACAGACAUGCCAAGCGGACUGAGGGCAGGUUCCAUGGCAUGGCAAAGCAGCACUGCAGGACUGUGACUCAAAGAAGGGGGAACAUGGUGACCACCUACACAGACUGUACCUCGUCCUGAUUCCUCACCACAAUGUCCUCCUCAACGAUAGUUAAGCUAAUUUUGUCUGGAUUAGACAUACUAAUUUAUAACCUUGCUGCUGAAAUGAAUGAAGCUCAAUGAUAAGGAGCACUAUUAGGGAUUUUCAGUUAUUUUCUUGCAGAAUCACAAAAAAAAGCGUCUUCUGUUGUUUAACUAUGUCACAUUUAGAUUGGACUCGAUUUGUAAAUCAUACAUAUUAUGUAUCAGCCUGCCACUUUGCCAUUCAGAUCAAACGAAGCAGAAACACAAAUGGUUUUUUAUUUAUUACAAAUGUUAUUUAUAGAGGAGUGUUUUGUGAAAUCUCAGCAUCUAAGUGACAGAAUUCCAGAUAGACGGCAUGUACCUCGUUUGUAGAUUCGAUCACAAUGGUUUGCUCUGGAGAAUUAGUUUUGGAGAAUAUUUAGUAGGUGCCUUUCGGAGUGUGUAUGCAGUGUGAAUUAAUGCAUAAGUACCAUUUGACAGAUUUUAUUCCAUCAGGGUGGACAAAGCAUACAUGUAUUAUUCCAGUGUUCUACCCAAUUGUUUUUUUUAGGAUGUCUGAAACCGUAUUUAAUAGACGCUUGACUGUAGCAAACAUAAUAAAAUAUGGCAAGAUAGUUAGAUGGGUAACUUUGUUAAUACGGACGAAGGGAAAUGAAUGAGUUUUUGAUCACGUGUUCUUUGGCAUCAUAAUAAUCAUUCGCCAAAUUGUUUGCUUUAAGACAUUGUGUGCUGUUUUCACAUCAGAUGUAAAAGACAUUGUCUCUAUCUGGCUUGGAUGUUUAAUUUAUCCAAGCCUGUUCCACGCCUAGAAGAUUAUUACAAUGUGGUUAUGUUCAUGGUUAAUUGUAAAAUGAUCCUAAAUUUAAAUAGAAAUGUAAAAGUGAGUGGUUAAGGCUUAAACAUCCUACAAGAUAACUCAUAGGAAUGGUCAAAUAUUGGAGCAAACCUAAUCAUUGUUUGGAAAACCCGUCAAGGAGAACGAGAUUAGGAAUGACAAUGUCGCUCGCAACAAAAAUGUGAAGAACGUCCUCAAAAACAGGAUGCAGCGUCAGGCUGAAAAAAUUCCCUAAUAUGCAUGUAAACCCUCAAUUACACCUACUGUGGUACUCAGUCAUGCUAUUCGAUCACCUGUUACCUGAAAGUUUCAUGUCGAUUUGUUUUGUUUUUGUGCAAUAUGUUAAAGCCAGCUGUACCGUUCAUAUCACUGUUACUCGCUGAACUUUUGAGUCGACUUAUCAAGCACUUACAUAAAUCCUAUGGAUAGAGCAUAAAUAUCUGAAUAUGAAUAUAAAUAUAUAUGAAUGUCUUUAUUCAAAGCUAUGCUAAAUUCUUGAGUGGAAUAAAAUGUGUAAAGUUAUUUGUCUAAUUUAA